CAAACCAAUCGAACUAUAAAAGCCUAGACUAGCUCCUUGUCGCAUCCUACACACACACACACACACACACACAAUUCAUCCAACUUAGAAUCAUUACUCAUUCACUCAACAUGUCCGUUUACGUUAUCACCGGAGUGUCCAAGGGAAUCGGGUUCGAGUUCCUCAGGCAGAUUUCGGAAGACCAGAAGAACCUGGUCGUCGGUCUGGUCUGCGACAAAGCUGCGACCGAGAAGAAGAUAGCGGCAGAGCUGGGCGACCGUCUCAAUGUCCACAUCAUCCAUGCAGACCUCACCAAGUACGCCAGCCUGAAGCAAGCCGCUGCCGACGCGGCCGAUAUCGUUGGCGAGCGUGGCAUCGACUACCUGGUGGCCAACGGAGCUUUGGUGCCCUACUUGGACACCUAUGGACCCAUCGGCGCAUUGAGCGACAAGGUCGAGGAAGUCGAGGCUGUUUCAUCGCAGCUAUUGCAGACCAAUGUCGUCGGCAACAUCCACCUCUUCCACCUCUUCCUCCCUCUUGUCCUGAAGGGCAAGGUCAAGAAGGUCAUUACCAUUUCCACCGGUAUGGCCGACCUCGACUUGAUCAACGAUUGCGAGGUUGAUAUUGGUGCUUUAUACGCUGCCUCCAAGGCGGCCAUGAACGUCAUUGUGGCCAAGUUCAACGCGCAAUACAAGAAAGACGGUGUGCUCUUCAUGAGUAUCAGCCCGGGUUUGGUGGAGGUGGGCCGCUACGCGGAUUCCACUCCGGAAGAGAUCCAGGGCAUGACGGGAUUCGUGGGUAAGCUCGUAACCUAUGCGCCUCACUUCAAGGGCCCAAUCACUCCGGAAGAAUCCGUCCGACAUGUCAGGUCGACCUGGGAGAAGGCCAGCAUCGAGGGUGGGUUUGGUGGUGCGUUUGUCUCGCAUCUUGGAAACAAGCAGUGGGUGUAAAAUCGGGUCCCGCUCCAUCAAUUACACCAGAUACA